AUGUCUGUUUCUCAUAAUCAAAGAAUGGAAGAUGAUCAAAAUUCAAUUCUCAAGACCACCCAGCUUUGUGAUAAUCUUGAAAAGUCGCGUGCAAUCUUCACCGUCUGUGAGUUGGAUGUUGCCAAACACAUUGAAUCCAUUGGAUCGAAAUCGAUUGAAAAGUUGGCGGUCGAUGUUGCCUGUUGUCCAGAUGCUCUCUAUCGUUUGAUGCGUGCACUCUCCUCGCUCGGUGUCUUCCGUGAGACUGACGCUCGUGUAUUCCAACACACCAAACUCUCAGAGAAGUUGGCCGAUCCAGUUGUACGUGACAUUGUAUUGAUCAAUGGUGGUUCAUUGGGUUACAACAUGUGGAAGGACUUGACCAGCACCAUUCGUAAGGGCCACUCCGAUCUGAAUGCACUCAUCGGUAAGCCAAGUGUCUGGGAGUACCUCGUUGAUCAUCACGAUGAAUCCAAACGUUUCUUCAAUGUCAUGGCUGGCUAUGUCAAUUAUUUCGCACCAGCUCUUAUUGAAAUGAGUGACUAUCACACCAAGUGUGAAUCGAUCGUUGGCAUUGGAGGUGGUCAAGGUUUGUUUUUGGAUCAAAUUCUCAAGUCUGGUGGAAACACCAAACAUGAAUCGAUCAAAACUGUGAUCAACUAUGAUCUUCCAGUGGUCAUUGAGCUCGCAAAGCAAGCUGGAAUGCCAGUCCGUGAUGCCAGAAUCAAGGAUCAACAAGGUGACUUGGUCAAGGAGAAGUUACCAGAAGCCGACAUCUUUGUAUUGCAAUCAUUGGUCCAUUACAACGACGACAAUGCUCUAUUGAUCCUCAAGAACAUCAUGAGAUCAAUGAAAUCGGAUUCAAGAGUCUACAUAUAUGACUUUUUACUCGAUGAAAAGAAUGAACAAUUGGGUGAAAAAGUUUGGUUUGAUAUUAAAAUGUUCCAAUUUAUGAAUGGAAGAGAAAGAUCAGUUGAAGACUGGGAAAGAUUGACCAAACAAGCUGGAUUCAAAAUUACCAACAAUCAAAAGGCCAAGAACUCACACUUCCCAUCACUCCUUGUCUUACACAAGCUUUGA